AUAUGGUUUGAAUUUCAGUUCUACGUUUAUCAGUUCAUCACUCGAUAAUAACGUAUUUAAAAACUAUAUUGUGUGAAUGUAUGUCUCUCGAACGAUGUAUUUAAAGUUGUUCGAUUUGCGUUUGCUAGCGCCAUCGGUUCGGGUAGGCCUGUCUUGAAACACUCGCUGGCACUUGUGCCUUCGUUUUAUACGAUUUAUACGAUUGUUCGAUGUAUUCGUUGCGAAUCCCAUUUGUGGAGGAUACUCAUGUAAAUUAUCUUUUCCCUUCGGUAGCGGUAGGAUUUUUUUUCGAUAGUCGUGUAUCUUUCAAGUGGCUAGGUCUUUCAAUCCUGUAUUCAUUUCGUUACCAUAUCAGAUUAUCUGAUGAGAUUAUAAGCUGAAAUUAGGUUAAACCUAGUAUUAUGGACGACCGUAACAAAGACGAAGAAAACCGACCCAAAGCGUUUUUGGGUAACGAUAGUGACAGCGAUGACGGUAUGGAAGUAGACCGCAGCGAUGACAGAAACACCGUUGAUAAGUUGGAUUCCGAACUCGUCGAUUCCGAUGUAAACGUCGAAGCUACCGAAUUAACGUGUUCAGAUGUGGAUUUAAGCGACGAAUCGGAUUUAAGAGGCGAUCUCACCAGUGAGGCGGGAAGUAACGUCGAUCAACACGAAAGAAAUGAAUCAGCUGUCGAUUCUGAAGAAGAAACUUUCGCUCUCGAGAUUAAAGAUGCCAAAGAUGAUUCAUCCGAUGAAAAAGAUGAGACCGAUGAAGCUGAUCGAGCACAUUUGACCAAAAAUGCAUCCGACGGUGAGGAUGGUGACGAAGCAGACGACGACAUCGAUGGCGAUGAUUACCGUAAUAGUGACGAUGAAGAAAAAUCUGCGAAUAAUACACCUUCUUCUGGCGGUGUAGCCGACGAAGUAACUGCAGGCCACGAAAAUAAAUCUGUAACAAGCGCCGAUGAAAGUGAAGCAAUCGAGACCAAACCCAGUAGUACAAAAACAUUGGUGAACGGUGAAUCGUCGAGUACUUCUCAAAAUGAAGAACGCGCUGUGAGAGCUAGAAACGUUAAAAGGCUGCCGACGCUUUCAAAAUAUGAAUCUGAUAUCGAAGACGAUACCAGCGAAAAAACCGAUGAUGGUUCUACGCAACACGAAGCUGCCAAAUUGGACGAUGUGUCAAAUUUCAUCGGAUUCGAUACCAGCAUUGCUAACAGAAUGUUGCAAAUUUAUUACAUUGUACAGCAAAACUAUCAAGAUUUACUUAGCCAGUUGCAGAAUGUAUCGCCUAAAGAUGAGGAGAAAUCGGUAAUGGAAGUAGAUACCGAACAGCCGAGUCAAUUAGCCGAUACAGUUCCUGAACCUGCAACGCCCAUCGAUAGUGAAAUCGGUAGCGGAGAUAUAUCGCCGGAUAACCAAACUGACGAACAAAUAGCGGCUAACAAACGAGUGAAAAAGAAGAGGAAAUUUUUCGACGAAUUUGACAAAAAUGAAGUGGAUCCUCCUAAAAAACCUAAAGAGCAACUGGAUAAAUCUCCGAAUGUGGACGUCAGUAUGAGUGAGAAUAAAGAAAAUUUUAUGAAUAGUGAGAAACUUUCCAAUGAAAAAGAGUCGACUGAAGUAGCUCCGCCAACAACCCCAGUACCUGUAGUUCCUUCGACGCCGAAUCCACCUAGCAAAUCCGAAAGUAAAGCAAAGUUUGAUAUUUCGAACCCAAUUUAUAAAGAACCAUUUAAAUACGGAUGGAGAAGAGAAGUAGUUUACAGAUACAUUUCAGAAGAUGGUCAGAAGAAAAGCGCCGAUAUUAGUUACUUUACUCCCCAAGGGAAGAAGUUACGAUCCACCAAGCAGAUCAUUGACAACCUGCCGAAAGACGGAAGCUUGAACAUAAAGAAUUUCACAUUUUCGAAAGAGUUAAUAUACAGAAAUCGCGAAUCGGAAUUAGAAAGGACACGUUUCACCAGGAAAAUGGAAGCGGAACUGUUGACAAACGAAUCGCCCGACGUGAGUGGCGAUCACAUGUUGAAUCGACGUUUAGGUAUCGAACCGAUAUCGACGCAUACACCAGUGACGCCUACGGCAGCAUCAACGCCUGAUGUCAGUGACGACUCAGCCAAGAAACCAGCUACAGCUGCGGUAAUUCCGACGACGUCGACACCGACACCAGCACCGUCGUCUUCGAAAAAGAAAGAACCUCAAAAAUCGAAAUCAAAUGCCAAAACACCGCUGUCAUCUCAGGGCUCCGAUACCACUUCUAAAUCUAAAUCAUCGUCGAAGAAAGGAACUAAAAACACCGCCGCUACGGACACGGACGAGAGUACAAACGCCACUCUCAAGUUGAUGAUGCCAAAGAUCUUGUUGCGUGCGCCAAACGUAGCCAAUUCGAAUACCUCCUCAUCUAAAGUUACCUCCGGAGGUAAACCAUCCGGUACGAAAACAAAGAGCGGCGGUCCACCUCCCUCAAAGCAGAGUGGUCAAAAACCAGUGAAAAAACCUUCGUCGCCGUCCAAAUCGAGUAAAAAUUCCAAAUCGCAGAAACGUACCGAUAAAAGCAUCACCCCUGAUCCGGAAUCCGGCGCAAUUUCUACAGAUCGUUCUUCGGACGCGAAUAUUAAUGGUACAAGUCCGAAUGACUCGAGCACAUGUCAUGCAACAGGCAACCGAGCGCCUGUUGAGUACCAUAGCUCGUUAACUUUGUCUAAUAUUUCACGUAUUUACGACCCAUUGCUGAUGAGUCUGAAGUACUUGACAGUACGUGAUCUUUUACGCAUAUCUAUGACCAGUAAAUUUUUGAACAGAAUAGCCUCGGAAUCUUGUUUGUGGAAAACGGUUCGGCUAAAAAAUUCGCAAAUACACGACUGGAAAGGGUUCGCGAAAGCGUUACAAAAAUACGGAACGAAGAGAUUAGAUAUGCGCAAAAUGUUGUGUUCGGCUGUUCCCGAAGACUUGAGUAAAAUGUGGCAAGAAUUCCUGCAAGUUAUUCCUACUAUCGCGUCUUUGGAACAUAUAGAUUUCAGCAGAACUCCGAUGAACGUUGUGGACGCUGUGGCAGCAACUUGUCCGAAUUUGGCGGUUUUUAACGCGGUAUAUUUGAAUAGAAAUGGCUCGCUGACGUUUGAUAAUUUUACUCAAUUGGAACAUCUGGUUGAGUUAAGGCUCAAAGGAGUCGGUGGAAUCGAGCUGAAACGAAACGAUCCGCUAUUACAUUUCAUCAAUAAGGAUAAUUUGAGAGAAAUUAGUUUAACGUGUAUCAAGAAUAUGGACGAGGAUUUGUUGAAAAUAAUAAGCGAAGCGAGUAAUUUAGUAACGCUAGAGUUGGGCGACUGUUCUGAUUUACCAUCCAGUUUCGGUACAGAAAUUGGUAAAUUGACAAAAUUGGAGAAAUUACGUUUAGAGAAACUAGAUAACUUGGCUCCUAAUUACGAACUGUUGACCAUCGUUAACGGUAUGGAAACGCUCAAGAGCUUAGAACUGAUAAACGUCGAAAUAAAGGAUGGUUUUGACGAAGUCAUGGCCAGGUGUAAUAAUAUCGAGAAUUUCCUCAUCAUUCCGUUGUACAUAUCGCAGUCUGCGACCACGAAUCAGCUGAUUCUAGACGGCAUUAAAGGCUUAUCAGAUACGUUGAAAUGUUUCGCCUGGGGUCUAACUACCGAGCUUCUGAAAGUAACCGAUUUGUUCAUGGAUCAAUGGCAAUUGAAAAGCGGCGGCGGUAGCAACCACAGUAGUUCGAAUAAGAAAUCCGGUGACAGUAUACCGGUGCGUAAAUUGGUCGACAAACCUUCGUCGGAUGGCGACGUUCCUCCUACGCACGUCGAUAUACUACCUAUACCAAAACUCGAACGUAUUUUGGCUAGCCAUUUGCCCAAAUCGCGAAUUAAAGUCAUCAAAACGCCGUUCCAGAUGACUUGGCGGCAAUCUCUCUCCGAAUGUUUGAAAUGAAACCGAUGUUCGUUGGUCAGCAAGUCUAUAUGAAUUGUCGGCUUUUUUUGGAUUAUUCACUCGCUUUGCGAGCUAGAUAAUAAAAUGUAAAGUGGUCCGAUUCGAUUUUUCUAUACGCUUUGUAACUUAUUUUGUAAAUAUACCUUCGUGUUUUAAUUUAUCUAACUUAAUAUCUCUUACGUUAUUUUGUUCGUUUUCCUCCAUUUUUUCCCGUUUUUUAAAACUAUUAUUUUUGUAAACGCGCGUUUUAGAUUAGUAUUUAUUUUGAAAAUGAAAAAAAAUAAAGAGACUGACUAGUGGCUAGCCUUUGUUACACUCGCUCAUAAAAUGUGCAUGAGUGAAACGAAGUAAACUGUAACGCAUUUUCAAUUUGUAUUCGUAGAAUAAGCUGAAAAUUUGGAUUUUUUAUGGAAUUAUGAUGCCUCUGUAAUAUAUGUAUCAUUUUACUGUAUAACUUGAAAAGAAAAAAAUUAUUACUAGAGAA